AUGACUUCCACUGAUUGGGUUAAUGAACCUUGGGUGGUAUUGGGGGACUUCAACAAUGUCCUAUUAGUGCAGGAUAGGAUAAAUGGGCAACCAGUUCACAUUCAUGAAACAACUGAUUUCCAAAAUUGCAUCAAGGACAUAGGAUUGGGACAACUAACUAGAAGAGGUUACCAGUAUUCAUGGAGUAAUAAGAAGGAUGCAGAAUCAAGAGUCUAUAGCCUUAUUGAUUGGAUUUUUGGGAAUGAUCUAUGGUUUCUAAAAUAUAGUAGUUUGACAGCACACUACCUUGUCCCAGAGAGUUCUGAUCACUCUCCUAUACUUGUCAGGACUGAGGUGGAUCGAUAUAAUCUUCCCAGACCAUUCAGGCUCUACAAUACACUUAUACAACAGCAACCCUUUCAGGAGUUAGUUCAUACUACUUGGGAGAAGAGCAUAAAUGGACAUACUAUGUAUAAAGUCUGGAAGAAGUUGAAACUUAUCGAGAAAGGGGCUGCGCAAAUGAACCGGGAGAUGAAUAGCAUUGAUAGGAAGGUUGAGGAACUGCAGGAACUCCUGACCAACGCACAAAUGCAACUGAACAUGGACCUCUUUAACCCUCAACUUAUUGAGAUUGAAAUACAAGCUUUCACUCAACUACAAAAGUGA